GUCGCUCUGGCCCGAGCUCCUCUAUGGCACAGCACAUAGGCACGCCGGGAAAGCUGGAGGACUCGGCCCGAAGGCGGGAGGGAGGCAGGCGUGAGGCGGUAGAGCGUGCGCGAGAAGAGCGUCGCUUGUAGCGUAGCUCUGUGUGACCUUUUGUGUGGCACGGCCCGUGUGGGUGAGAUUUGUGCGUGCCUGCAGUCUGGGCUGCAAUGAAAAGGAUACCCAGCUCAGGGUCUUGUUUACAAAGUGUGUUGUAGGAACAACGUAACGCUGACUACGGCUGGAACCUGGUACCAACCUACCUGGAAAACAUUAUUGCCAAAUGCCUACCAAGCUGUUCUCAAGCCAAGCAAAUACUGUGUGCCCACCAGUGUGGUCCCAAGCCAGAAAAAAAUAAUGCCCACAGACAUCAGCCAAGGAAAUAAAUGUAGCCAAGGGGAAGAAUGCAACCAUGGCCAACUGGAGCAAAACAACUACUGUGACUGACAAGGGAAGGAGAGACAUACAGAAAUCCUGCAUCCUUCUCCUUUGUUGAUCAAUACAUAGGAUGCAACAAAACAAAACAAGGUAUAAAAUUUUAAAGGAAAAAAUGGCUGAAAUGCUGGAACAAGGACCUAUAUAUUUCUUUGACCAGCCCAAACCCAAAAGAAAAUGGCUUAAGAAAAUGGAACCAAGACUACAGCUUGCUGAUUUAAUUUCAGUCAGUGACAGUCUUCAUGAAACUAAGAAUUUUUACUGGAAUCCUGGAUGCACGGAGGGGCACAUGGAAGGAAAAGUGAAAAGCAAGAUAGCAAAGAAAGAUCGUGUUUGUCCUGAUACAUAUGGUCCUUCUGUAUCCCAAGCCACCUGUGAAGACCCUCUUGAUCAGUCUUCCAAAAUACCUUCAGAUUCACUUUCAGAAGUUUUCCUGUACUCAACCUCAUGGGAGGAAUACAAAUGCACGGCUGUUGCCAUAUUAUGUGAGCUAGAAGAAAUGCUGAACCAUUUUUCCAAGUCUAAGUUCAUUUUACCUCAGGGAAUUUUAAAUAUCUUGAACUACAGUUGGAAAGAACUUACUGAAAGUGUCUGGGAUAAUGAAAAAUCUUGGCAGGAACUAACAGGCAAAAGGCAAGCAUCAGAGGAGCCUAACAUGUUGUCAACCACAUCUAAAUCUACUGAUUAUGAGGUGGCAAAGAACAUCAAAAGAGGAAGCAGAAAAAGUCUUGGCUUUCCCACUGAUGUUGCAAAGCAAACAGAGAAUCCUGGGAUUCUGUUAAAGAGGACUGUAGUCUCACAACAAUAUGCAAAUAAUUCACCAGUUGCAAUCAGUUUUUCGCUGUCAUCAGAACUGUGUAAGGAAAGAGGUUGGGUUUUUCAACAUUCCGACUGUGACUCUAAAGACCCCAAAUGGAAAGUACCAUACAUCUGGGCAGUGGAAAGACUACAACUGGCUAAGAUCGAAACAACUGAACAGUUGUCUAUACUGAAAGAAUCUGGAUUUGACAAAUCAAUUAUUCUUCGUCAUUAUGGUGAUGUCAGAAAAGAAACCGUUCCAAAAAACAUCAAAGAGUGUAUCAGUACGACAAUCUCCUCAGAGGCUUUGUUUGAAAAACCUAAGUUGCCAGUGAUCAAGCAGAUUAAGUCAGUCUUUAAAAAACUGCACUAUAGACUAAUUGAUGGAUCAUCUUUGAUUUACUAUCCUUCUGGGAACAUUGCUGUCUGCCAGAGUUACUCUGGUCUUCCUGAUGGAGGUUUCUACACCAAUAUAUUUAAUAAUUUCCCUGACCGUGCUUUACUUGGAACAUUUACUCCAUUUGGACAUGGCAGUGUUUGCUUUCCUAACAGCAACAGCAUAGCAAUGAUAUUUAAUCAGGAAGGAGGCCUGGUGACUAACAAAGAUGGAGAAAUACUGCGCCAGUGGAAAUGGCCCGGAGCAGGAAAGCUUGAUGUUCCAGUUAUUGUACAAGUAAACCAAUAUAUCACUGUGAGGAUUGCAGGACGCUUUGCUGUUUGUUUGGUUUUCAAGUGUAAUCAGGAUACUGUGCGGUUGUCAUUGUCACCUGUACGAGCAGGGGCUGUUCCCCAGUUAGAAAAUCCAGAGACAAAAAUACCUGGCAUUCCAACAGGGGAUCAAGGCCAUGUGAAAGACCUGAAUGCUACAAUAGAACUAAGAAAGCUGAAGUGUAAAAUCAAGACCAUCUUGGAAGACUGGAUGAAAUGUUACUGGGUAGCUUUUGAAAUCAAGUCAUGUCAUAAACAAAGAACUUCAACCUUCCUUCAGAGAGGGGGACGGUGCAAAAUGCAGCUGGCUGAUGCUUCUCUAAAUCCCCAAAUAACACAGGGAGAAAAGAACAGCAAUAAGGCCUCUGUGUUGGACAAUCCAGUUCCAUUCCAGUCUGCUUCAGUUAGCAGGCAUUUAUUACAACACAAUGUAUCAUCUACUUCUUGCAGCCAUGUCUUCAAGUCACCCUUUCUCCACCAUCCCAGCAGCAAUGUUUCCCAAAGAGCUCCCCAUUUAUCAAGAAUAAUCUUCAGAACAAAUCAGUCAUUCAUUACUUGCUCCAGCUUAAAUAAAGAAAAACCCCAAAUCUCCCCUAAAACCAGUGACAGUGAAAAGGCAUGCUGUGCAUCCUACGCGGCCUGUCCUGUAGCUCUCCGAAAUACAAUGCUGGGAGGUGAAGUGAAGACUUGUAGAUGCAGCAGCCAUCAAAUUCCCUAUGUUACAGACCUGGAGUAUAAUGAGCUUAUUAACAACCAGGUCUCUUCCCCAGAGCAGAUCAUGGUGGUCUGUGUGACUGGCUCACUGAGAGCAACAGACCUUGAGGCCAGCAUGGACGAACACUUAGAGAAGCUCUAUGAGAGAAGGAACAAGAACAGGAGUAUGCCUUGCAUACAGGGUCGUUUGGACUCCUUUCGCCUGCUCAAAUAUGAUAUCAACUCUGCAGAUGAGUUCACAGAUCACUGUGGUCCGUUACUGAUGGAAAGGCAUAAUAUUAGUCCUGGUAUGGUUUUGAUGUACAUUCAAGGAAAGCUGCUCUUCGCUAACUACAUUUUCAACGGAUACAGCAAAUCAGUGAAAGACCUUCAGAAACAAUUUAUUCUAACCAGGAACAACUACAAUAGGGGCUACUAUUUACCUCCUGAUUACAGAUUCAGUUCUCUUGAAAAAAGCCUGCAGACUUACCCUGAAUAUACUCAAGCAAGCACUUGAGAAGAUAUUUCUAGAUACAUUUGUGAUGCCACUGGCAGGUAGUAGAAAAAAAAUUGUUUUCCUUUCCUUGAAUAAAAUUUCACAGGCUGCAGUCAGAAAAUAAUGAGCCUCUCAGUUUGCUACUGGACACCAUUGGGUCCCUUCAAAUUUGGACAUCUUAUCUUUCAAGAUGACUCAAAUCAGAAGAAUUCUGAAGGUAGAAUUAAAACCAAUGAUUUAUAAAGUAAUGUCUAGCAUGACCAACCAGACUUUUAUCUGAGGCACUUUGCUGCUACCAAAAAUGAUGAUGAUGAUGAUGAUGAUGAUGAUAAACCCAAGGCAUGAAGCAAGAGUGAAGGUGCUCUCAGGUGCAAUGUUGAUCAUUUGUUUCAAGACAGCCAAUCAUCACAGGGUCAUUGGCGCAUUUAGAACAAAUUGUUUAGGAUAACAGUAUUUUUAUAGUGAAUAAACUAUGUCAUAAAUGGAAGAUACUCCAAAAAGCUGGUGCAAAUCAGAGUAAAUUCUCUUUAGGAAAAGUGUCUAAACACAGUUUUGUACUAAUAGUUGGAGAGCUUCCUUGUCAUUGUGAGCAUUGCUAGACUGGCACAGUAUGGAGCAAUUGCCUGCAGAUCAGGCAUAUGAUGACUAUAUGUCUAUAGUUGGAAUUACUAAUCUGAAAUGGUUAUGAUGUUAAGAGACAUGCACACAGCUGAAAUUACUGAGAUUCCUCCCCAGUUUUUCUGCUAUUCUUUAUAGCUUUCCCAUCUUAGAAAAGGAUUUGCAGAUUUUUGCACAAAAUAGUUUAAAAGCAGAAUAUGGAACUAUUUUUGCCCACUUUCUCAAGCUUUUUGAGCUCAGUUUAAACUGCACUUGGGAGCUCUGUGGGGCAUUUCCUGCUUAAGAGCCUACAUUAACAUUUUCUGAGAAUUUUUAAGGCUCUACAGUAAUAUUCUUAGGAAAUUCUCAUAGGUACACUUGUUAAGAUUUGUGGAUAUAUUGAUGCUGUAUAUUUGCACAUUUUGCUUAGUUUUUAAUUUUGAAAUAUAUCAUGAGUCAAAGUAUUCAUAAGUUUGAAUUAUUCAGCUUCUAUAAUGGAGAUACCUGCUCUGGAAAACAGAAACAAUUACACUGAUAUUGAGUUCCAACUUGAUGAACACCUGUUCGAGCCAGGAUGGACCACUGGUGUUGAAACAAUAUAUUUGAACUGCCUGAAAACCCAUCAUAAACUGCAGGAACACCACUACAUAACAGUGAAAAAUAGCAGUGACAAAAUAUUUGGGGAGAAAACACAUGGUGGUGAGAUUCUGCUUUUUUCUGAAGUCUGAAAUUGAUGUUUGAAGGGAAACUAAAAAACAGCAUAAGAGCUUGAAUUAGGCUACUAUUUAAGGUUCUGCAGGCAGUCCCUGGGUUAUGAAUGUUUGAGUAACAAAUCACCCAUACUUACGAGUGAACUGCCAUAAAGCCUAUCAAUUAAAAAAAUUGAGUUAAAGGCCUACUGCAGGAAAUUGUCAUCACCAUAGAGAGAGAGGAAGCAAAAGGGGAGAGAGGGAGGCCCCCAAAGCAGGUCUUCCCAUCCUGCCCAUCUGGAGAGGGAAAUUGCUCUGGCAUUUUCUUGUUGCAAUGAGGAAGGCAUUGGUGAUUGGGCAGGCGGGGCGGAUGGUGUUGAGGUACAUAUAAGGCUCCAUCUUUGGAGGCUUAUGAGCAUCAAGGGCAGAGGAUACUGGAUCAUGCUCUUACCAAAUAUCCAUAUACAUUGCUGCAGCUGCAUUAAUUAUAGGUUACUUCAUGUUCUAAAAGAGUGGGUUUAUGCAUUGUAAUUAUGUACUAUGCCUAAAUAAUAUAACAUUUGUUUAUGUGCUGAUUAUUUCAAAUUAAUUGAGUUUUUCUUCCCAAUGGACAAAAUCUAAUUUGUGGCACAAUCUCAGGAAUGUCUACUCAGGGGUAGGCCCUCUGAUUCAAUAGUAUGUAUUCCUGUCCUGCAUGUUUAGGACUGAAGCCGUAGGUACUUUGGAAUAAACUGAUAAGUUGAUGCAUAUCUACUGUUAGGGUUAUGAUCUAAUGGCUCUGCUAGUCACCCUCCCCCACCCCCCAAAUGCAGAGAAGUUGUGGACAUCCAAUGGAAGGCAGAAGAAACGUGGAGGCAAGGAUUGCCUCUCUCAGAGCUCCUCCCACCCCCCACAACAUUUAGAUUGCCAAUUUGGGAGGCCAAAGGAUUAUCUAGAGCUCCUGCUUGCAAGUUCUGCAAUAUGAGGGCUCCAAAGGCCAAGGCACUGUAGUGCCCCACCUUUGCAGUCAAUGCAGAAGUGCACCAGCUACCUCCCUGUGGAGGCACUUGGGCUUGGAAAGGAGGCAAAGGGGGCAUGCCGGGGGUGAAAAGGUGAGAAAGUUGGGGCUGAUGGCAUAAGUCAUUCCAAAAAGAGCUGCCUAGAUGAAAUACAAGCCAUGUGGAAAUACAGUAGUGGAGAUCACUGCUGCAGUGGUGUCUUGCUUCAUGCCUUAGACCCACAAAAGCCUCUGAGCUUGUAGAUUUUCAUUAGAGGACAUUAGAUUAUGCCCUAAGUGUUUUGCCGCCAUUCAUUAGGAAGAAGAAGGGCUGAGGCACCACCAAGAUUCCUCAUAUUCCAGCAGAGCCUUGCUUAUCCUGUUCUCCAAGACCCUCCCUCUGCCUCCAGUGCUGGCUCUUCAUCUCCUUUGCAACUUCAGACCUGCCACUGGCAUGGAAAGAACUGCAUGAGCUGCAAGGAAAAAGGAAGACUUCCUGGGCUGGUGCUACAGCUAUUUUUAUUGUCAUUUAGACAGUGUCUAGCAGCCACAGGACCGUGCCCUAGUUAUAGCUUUAACUGUAUGAAUAAAAUUAAAGCAUAAACACUAUUAAAUUGUAUAAGUAUAGCAAGUCACAAUAUAAUAUGCUAAAUGAUAUAUAAAAUAUGUUUUAAAAGU